GGGGAGAGCGAGGGAGGCGAGAGAGGGGAGACGAGAGGAGGAUGCGGUGGGCGUGGGAUCAGCAGCAGCUGCUGCUGCUUCUGCUGCGGGGGCGGGAGAACCGAGGGCGGGUGUGGGCGGGGGCGAUCCUGCUGUGGCUGUUGCUCAUGCUGGCCACGCCCAGGAUCUCCCACUCCCACGCCUUCCACCUCUUCGCCGAUAUGCGCAACUUCUUGGGUGUUCCGAAUACUUUAAAUGUGCUCACGACCUUCCCCUUUUUGCUCGUCGGAGUCCCCGGACUCGUCCUCUGUCUAUCGGGCUGUUGCUUCGGCAUAAGCUUGAGAGGAGAGAUGUGGGGCUGGGCGUUCUUCUAUGCCGCGACGGCCACGGCUGCUUUUGGGUCCGCUUAUUAUCAUCUGAGGCCCGACGAUGAUCGCGUCGUUUGGGACAAAUUGCCGAUGAUGACUUCAGCUUCUUCGCUCUUAUCUAUAUUAGUUAUAGAGAGAAUAGAUGAGCGGAUGGGCAUUUCUUGUUUGUCUUCCCUCAUAACACUCGUUCUUGUUAGCAUUGCAUGUGAGAGGACUUUCGAUGAUCUGCGAUUGUGCAUGAUGUUCCACAUUGUGCCAUGCAUUGCAAUCCCUGCUUUGCUCUUCUUAUUUCCACCCAAGUAUACACAUUCCAGAUUUUGGUUUUGUGCAACAGGAUUUUACCUUCUAGCUAGAUUUGAAGCCAUUGCUGAUAAGAAAAUUUACAGUGCAAGUCGAUACAUCAUAAGUGGGCACUCUUUGGAGCACCUGUGUUUGGCAAUGGUUCCUAUCAUACUUACAGUCAUGCUUUGGUUCAGAAGUAUUAAGAUUGCCAGGGACUCUUAAUGCAGGUCUCUUUAAGUCCUUAUUGUUGGAAGCACCAAAGAACCAGCACAGCCAGUGAUCAUCUUCUGGAACCAUCAAAGUUCCCGAUAUGUGAGAGCAUCAAGAAACAACUUGGUGAUUGCAUCAAACUGACACUGACCUGAAAGUUAAUAUAAGCCCUAGUUGAUGUUUGGUGACUACGUUGAUCAUUUACUUUCUUUCAAAGGAUUUUUAGAGUGGCAAUUGCCUGUUGCUUCUUGAUGCAUCAUCAGAUGAUGUAAAUGACUUGACUGAUUAAAGCGCAAUUUUCCAAA